AUCCUCACUGCCCUGCAGAACCCUUUGAGAAGCAACAAUGGAUGAAAUCUUCACCUGUAUCCUGCUCCUGCUGAGCUUGUCUGGAACUUUUACAAAGUAUGUUUACGUGAAGGAGGAAAAGAAUUGGCCUGAUGCUCAGAAGUACUGUCGGCAGACCUACACAGACCUGGCUCCUGUCAGUAACCAGAAUGAUCUCGACAAACUUCAGCAGCUCUCUGGCAAUGUCAACAACCGUAUGUGGAUAGGACUGGAAAGAAAUUCCUCAAACAGAACGCAAUGGUUGUGGUCAGGAGGUGGAGCAGUGUCCUGGUUUUUGUGGGCACAAGAUGAACCUAACGACCUUAACCAUACCGAAGAUUAUGGCGGUAUACGGAAUGAGAGAGGGUAUGAGCUCAGCAUAGGGCGUGAACAUACCUUCUUCUGCUACAGUGCAUUUGUGGUGAGGGAGAACAGGACUUGGGAGGAAGCGUUGGAGUACUGCAGGGAGCAGCAUGAUGACCUGGCCAGCGUGGCAUCAGAGACUGAGAUACUGCUGAUGCAGACAGAGCUGAAGAAAUAUAACACCACUGAACACGUCUGGAUUGGUCUGCGUUUCUUAUCUGGGGACUGGCUGUGGGUGGACGGGCAGGAACUGGACUAUGAGGUUUGGGGUCAAGGGGGAAACCAUCAUGUCCAGAUUCCAAGAUGAAGUGCGGAGCCUUACAGGUGACAGGAGGGAGUCUGGGAGUUUGGGAGGCUCGUGACUGUGAAAAGAGACUAAAUUUUAUUUGCUACUGAGCUGUUUUAUGAUGUGUUUGAAUAUUUUAAUGUUUUGUGGAAAGGACUGUGAAUAUGUCUAGUUUUACUUAAUGUAAAAAAAAUUAAAGGACUCUUGUCCUGUUUUCAGGGAAUUGUGGAAAAUAUGAAUCAGACCCUACUGAGCUGAAAACCAUUUCUUUACUAUAUAAAAAAAUCAACAUAGUAAAUAUCCAGUGAUGUGUGUUGAAGGGUGUGUAUGUGAGACACACGAGCACGCUCUCCAUGAUGUGCUUCAAUGAAACAUAUGAAGAAAGGAAAACUGUGAUGAAUCUUCGUGUGCAAUUACAUCCAGCACAUAAAUAGUGCUCCUGUUUACAUACAAAGAAGAAACAAGGAUUUUUGGAAUCUGUGCAUUUGAAGAGAUUAAUAGAAUCAGAACCAUGAAGAGAAACUAGAUGGAAGGACAAUUAAUAGUUUACAGUUGUAAAAAAAUACUGAGCAGCCACAAAAAUAUUACUUCCCACUGUACUGCAUGAGCCAGUGAAUGGUGAUUUCAAACUUUUUAAUUUGUGUUAUAAACUGACACAUGACAUGAUCUGUUACUGAAAUAUUUUAAAUCAACUUGGUCAUAUUUGACAGAGAUGGCCACAUACCAAUACAUCAGCUGAUUUUGCUCCAUUUUAAAAAGUGAAAGUUCAAAGGCCUU